AAUGGAGCCCUGCAGGUUUUCACGGGUAGCAGCUGGUCCAAAAAUUAAAGAAUCAGGUCUUUUCUGAGCGACAAUAGGGACUGCUUGUGUGAGGUGCCAAUCGCAUACUUAAAUCCAGCGCAGGGAAGUUAUGAACUACAUUUCCCAGAAUGCACUGAAAGGGGUUACGGGUCAUUAGGACAUGUGUGUUUCUCCACAGCAACUGCACCUUUCUGCCCCCGAAGACUAACAACCUUUGCACUCAACAUUGUGCAUAUUUCGUCAUCUCCCGCACACAUAGAUACGUGUCUGACAGCGGUCACUGCAUGUGUAUGAGCGACAGCGACACAGCCGCUGCUCACAACAAUAAUCCUGCGGGAAAUCAGCAUCCUGCGCUGCUGGACUGCUGCGGAGGACUCAACAACGUCGAUUACUCCAAGAUGGACUUGACUCCAAUGGAAGAACUCCUGAAACACAUCAACUUUCGUGACUCCAGCUUUUGUAUUGCUGUGAUCGCCAUCAUUUUCAACCCUUUCUUCUGGAAUUUGGUGGCGAGAUGGGAGCAUCGCACUCGGAGACUCUCCAGGCUCUGUGGUAGCCCCUACCUGGCCUGUUACUGCCUGGGCUUCGUCAUCAUUCUGCUCAACGUGUACCGCAGCCACAGUAUGACGGUUGCGAUGAAGGCCCAGGCCAGGUGGGAGGUGAUGGACAGGACGGACGUCUUCUACACAGGCGUAGCGCUCAUGGUGCUGGGCACUCUGCUGGUGGUCAGCAGCUUCCUGGCUCUGGGAUUCACUGGAACCUUCCUCGGUGAUUACUUUGGCAUCCUGAUGGAUGAGAAGGUGACAGUCUUUCCCUUCAACAUCAUAGAGAACCCGAUGUACUGGGGCAGCACUGCCAACUACCUCGGCCUGGCACUCAUUGGUGCCAGUCCUGCUGGCCUGGUCCUGACUGCCAUAGUAGCCGUGGUUUACAAGGUGGCAAUAAGGUUUGAGGGACCAUUCACUGAACAGAUCUAUCAGGAGAGGAGUCAGCGGCGCAAGCAUGAAUAAUCCCCACCCUCCCAGACGCCUCCUGCUCCUGGUUUGGCUGAGGAUUCCCAUCCUGUCACGAGGACUUACCAGCAGCCAGGACCAUAAAUCCACCUCCAGCAUGGAUUGAACGGCUACAGGGAGCCGUUGUUCUAAUGUUGGGCCCACAUGGUUGUGGUUAUUUAAUUGGGCUAAUAACAGCAAAUUCAAGUAAUAGUUCAGUAAUCUGAGAAACAAGGUUAUUUGCAUUCUUGUUGAGAAUUAGAUGAGAAGAUUGAUACCACUCUGUGAAGCUGGAGCCAGAAGAUGGUUAUCUUAGCUUAGCCAUGCAGCCACCAUAAAGCUGUGACAACUGCCAAUGAUGCUGCACAGAGCUACACAGAGCUACUGGGCAGAACAUCAUUCAUCAAGAUGAACGUCUUUAUGCUAAGCUAGGGUCACCUCCUCCUGGCUUGAGCUCCAGACCCUGAGCCAUACUUUAUGCUAAGCUAAGUUAAAUCACCUGCUUUUCAAAUGCACGUCAGGUGAGAGCAAACUUUCCGGACAAAGUUGGACGCUGAUGGCUGAACCUCUUAACCGCCUCCACCUCAGCAGAUGACAGGAAGAGCACCAGCACCCUGCAACGACACACCUGAAAGGGAUGAAGUCACAUGUGUUCAACUUUACAAGUGUGUUUGACAACUCAAACUGUCUGCUGUGGAAAAAGUAUUGAUGACCCAGUGAACAUUCAGCAUUAUUCACUGCGUGACUCACGUUUCUUUGCUCAUGUAUUACCUUGUCAACACAAACAGCAUCCUAACCUACAGCCACUGCGUUGUUCUUGACUUAAAAUAGUGCAAAUGGCUCCAUUUUCAAGAUACUAGCGAAAAAUGAGAACACAGGAAAAAACGUCAAAUGUUUGUUUCACUCGUUCGUCACCGCCAAGUUCUCUGCUACAAUCUGUAUAAAAAACCUGACGUAAUGGAAGUGCUGUGCUUGACGGUGUGUAAUUGUUCGUCUGUGGAGUGGCAUCAUCCUGGAUCGACAGGUGUGAGAAAUCUUCAUGGUGCGGCGAUGGAUUCAUGUAACACACAGUUUUUGAUGUUAAAUGAAGUGUGAACAUUUUCAGUAAUCAGCCGAUGAAGGCUUUGUACUACAUCUAUGCAAACCAUUCCAAACUGAACAAUACACACUGCCUGGUGAUGUACUCUACGUUAAUGGGAUAUUUAUUAUGUAAUAAAAGAGUGACUCAGGGUUCAGAGCGCUGGUCUCUUUGUGUCUGAAGAAAUCAAGACUGCUAAUGGAUGCACUUAAGGCAGUACUUUUGCAUAUCUACCUCUUGUGGGCAGAUGUGGGGGAAGCAAA